UUUAUGUAUGGCUUUACUUAUAAAAUUAUAUGGCAUUUAUUUAUAAAAAGAAAAUUACCUGACAUAAAUAUAUUCGUACUGAGUAUAUUGUGUUGUGCGUCGCACGUGAUUGUUCCCAAAUAGGGAGUAUUUACUUCUGUAUACAUUGCACACACAUCAAACCUGACGUCUAUCUUUUUCACAAACACAAACGCUCAAUGGAAGAAUUUGGCGGCGCCGCCGCCGCCCGCUCUCGUAACCACCGCAACGGUUCGCCUUCCGAUCGACUUCUCGGAGUAUUCAUUCAGCAUCCGGCGGCACCGGCGCUAGAGCUCUCGGAACAGGACAUCUUCAACACUCCGUCGGGGAGCUCUCCACCCUCACCCACACACUCAGGCAGCCCUAACCGGACGCGGAGCCUCCACAACCACAACCACCCGAGGAAUCAGUACGGAAUCCUAGCGGCGCUAAACGAUAACCUCAAAACCCGAUCGGGAUCCGAUAACCGGCCCGUCUUCAACCACAAGGCGUCCGCCUUGGUCUCCCUCUCGUCAUCGUCGUCCACCUCCCCCGCCGCGUCGUCCUCUUCUCGGAUGGCGAUUCCGAGGAAACCGCCCCCUCCGCCGCAGGUGGAGAGAAUGCGAAUGCGGCUGCGGCAUCAGUCGGCGCCGGUGAACGUGCCGGUAAUACCCGCGGCGUUGAGGAGGAGAACGCGGGAUUUGGAGGAAGUGCUGUCGGAGGAGGAGGAGGAGGAGGAAGAGGGGGAGGAUGCGGAGAUGAGCAACGGAAUGAUGCUGCCGCCGCACGAGGUGGUGGCGGCGCGGGAUUCGCCGAUGCUGGCGAACUCGGUGCUGGAAGGGGCUGGGCGGACGCUUAAAGGCAGGGAUCUCAGGCAGGUGCGCAACGCAAUUUGGCGAAAGACUGGAUUUCUUGAUUGAUUUUGUUUGUGGUUUGGAUUUAGAAUAUGAUAGCAUGAUUUUCUGCAUAUGUAGGGAUGUUCUGUACAUAAACGUGGGAAGUUACAGCUAUAAAUUUCAUUAUUUCUUU